GUUAACAAAACGUAUAUUUUUACUUAGAGACGAAUCUUAUUUAAUUAAUAACUUUGUGAAUAAUUAAUUGAUUGAUAAUUAAUUGAUAAAAUUUCGUCUCUAUUUUAUUAUUUAUUACUAAAAUCAUAUCUCAUGGAUUUUACGAAGUUGUUUUAUUCACUAUUUGUUUCGUCAUUUAUUGUGUCAUCGUCGUUGUUUUUAGCGGAAGGAUGUGAUUUUCCGAGCUCUUGGACUGGUACCUGGUACAGUAGCCGCCGAGGAGCCCUCAUCAUUAACUCGACGACAAUUAGCGACAUUAAUACGACAUUGACUGGACCAUUAACAUAUACGUGUUUCAUGAAUUCUGCUGACACGUAUGUUAUCAGAUCCGAGUUGUUCACGCUACACAACGCUUUACACAGAGCAUAUUUCUGUUUAGAAUUUAGUGAGAUUACGAAAGGGUCCCUUGUGUACUACCACACAACAAGGGUGAAUCCACAAGCGUACAAUGAGCGUCUGAAAGCGUACCCCUCUAUAUCGUCGGUGACAAAGCUGGAUAUAUGUGACGACACCCCUGACAUCACUUCCUGGGAGAUGCUUGUCAAACAAGGAUCUUUUGAGGACGCCGAGCAAGAUUGUCCGAACGAUAUACGUGGUCAGUACAAUUACACAUUGACAAUGUCGUCCAGUACAACAUGUGGACUAGGCAACAGCAGCCUGGACGUCUGUACGGACGUUACAAAGCCAACAGUGAAUAUGUCGCUGUGUAGCACACCUGUUGCGUUUUCCGCUGGCGGUCUGUUACAGUGUGCGUUCAGUCACAGUAUUGACUCGUACACGUACACCUUCCUGCUGAACCUUGACAACACAACAGACGAGGCGACAACAUUCAGAUUCACGUGCUUGGUAAGUGUCGUGUCUGGCACAUUGGGCGACUACACGUAUGCGACACAAUACCCACAACUGUGUCACUCUUCACAGACGCCGACAUCCGUUCCUUCAGCCGGCGGAAGUUUGGUGAUGCUACCAUCCGAGUGCUGCGGCUGGACUAUGGAACGACAUUUACGCAAUGUUUGUGAUGAUGAUGAUCUCGCUCAUUUUGUGAUUGCAUAUUUGUUAUGA